AGGCAACAGACCAGGCUGCUUCACCGCCUCAUGGAGUCAGCACAAUUAACCUUGUUUACAUCGGUUGUCAAUGUCCAAGCAGCUCAGAAAGCAACUGUAAAAGUGGCCCGACAUGUCAGAAAGUUCUUCAGGGGUGAACAUGAGUCGUCGGACUCGGUCUAAGACUCAACCCUCGCCAUGGUCCGACCUCAGUGACCGCAGCAACCCACAGGCCGUGCCCUGCGGACGCAGAGACACCUUGCAACAGCACAGUGAUUCUGGAAUAGCAUCACCUUUACCAUCUGGCAAAUUUAAGUUUAAAAUCUGGCACGAGAUUGAAGGAAACAACAUCAAAGGAACUCAACUACAUUCUCCAAGAGUCAGAGAAGGUCCUCCUCCUGGGGAUCUCUUUCCCAAAGACGGGAAAAGAUCUGCACUCGUGAAGAAGGAAAGUCGGGAUGAAGAAGCAAUGAAACAAAGAAGGCUGGAAAACUGGGAGAACUGUCUGGAAGUGAACCUAUCUUAUCAAGGCCUUGGUGACCCCUAUCAGCUGGAAAACUUGUAUAAGAUUCUUCGCAGGUUGAUCCGAGUGGAAAAGCUUCAACUGGCUGACAAUUUCCUGACUGAUCUCAGCUCUGUCAGACUCCCAAGGUGUAAAGAACUGAAUUUGAACAAAAAUUAUUUAUCAUCGUUUCAACAACUGCCGAAAAUUCCCCAAAUCCAGCACUUGUCACUAACUGAAAACAACAUAACGACUUUGAGUGGACUUCAUGAUCUAGGACCAUCUCCUAUAAAGUCCCUUACGUUGAAACGGAAUCCGUGUGAAUUUCAGGACAACUAUAGAUGCAGAGUUUUCUCCUCAUUGCCAAACCUAAAGACAUUAGACGGUAUUCCUAAACUGCCAGCUGAUUGUUAUCGACCAGAGACUCCUGUGAAGUCCAAAAUGUGCACAGUUUCAUAGCUCUUAGAGUCAUCGAGUCACACAGCACGGAAACAGGCCCUUCGGCCCAACUCACCCAUGCCGACCACUCCACGAACAAUCCUAUGGAGUUGCCUUUAUCAUCUUUAAUUUUUUUUAAUUGUCAGGCAUUGCAAAAUGUUUUAAUACCCCGACCAAUAAAUAAAUAGUUUGAGUAUUUUUGUAUCACUUUAUUAUGUAUUUUUAUCAGCGAAACUUUUAACUUCCAUAAAUGUUGUGUUUACAAAAUUGUUCAUGCAGUAUAUCAUUGUUAUUUGUGCAAUAAACUUAAUAUUUAUAUAAUCCUGAUAAGAUUAAAUGUAGAAUUACUGAACUGUACACAAAAAUGAAUUUUGCUGUGCCUCAGUACAUGUGACAAUCAAGUACCAUUGACGGCUUUGUUCAAAAUGUUUGCAAAUAGCCAAUAGACAGUAGAAAAUAGGUGCAGGAGUAGGCCAUUCGACCCUUCGAGCCAGCACCGCCAUUCAAUGUGAUCAUGGCUGAUCAUCC